AUGACCCUCAAGGUCGCCGUGCUCAUCAACACGCCUCCCACGAACAAAGAAUUCUGGACCGACAUACGGACCUCCUAUUUCAAGGCCCUUGGUGCAGUCGUGCCAACCGCCGACGUCCAUUGCUACGACCCAGUCUUUGAAGGGGAAUUCCCUAAUCCAGCUAAGUACGACCUGAUCACCCUAAGCGGCGGCAAAGUGGACGCCUUGUCCUCAGAGCCGUGGGUGCUGGGUGUUCCGGACUUUAUGCGCAAUACUGUGCGCGAGUAUCCCUGGACCAAGAUCUUGGGGAUUUGCUGGGGACAUCGGGCUUUUUGCAGGGCGCUUGGGGGCGAGAUUCGGCCUGUUCCAGGCGGUCCGAUUGCGGCCAUCCAGUAUAUUCCCUUGAUGGAGGCAGUGAGGAAAUUCUUCUUCUUUGCAUCGCAAAAAGGCUCCUACAUCUUCAUGUUCUACCUCAAUAUGACGUGUCUAGGGUCUUGA